GCGGUAUGGGGUAGGUAAGUGGGUGUAGUGAAAUGAAAUGUGCGUGGUCCGAACAGAGUGGCACGCAAAAAACGAGACGGAUUCCAGAUGCGAUGCGUUGCGAUGCGCGGGCCCAUCCAAUGACAAAAUGCCAAAGGAACACGAGGAACAAAUGGUCGAUAUGGAACAAAUGCGCUUCCCGAGACCACUGUCAGGACUCCCCCGCGUGCUCAGAUGGUCAUGGCCCCAAAUUGUGAAGAGAAAUGGACAAGAACAGGGAAGAUGGGAGAAACAGUCAGAUGCGAUAGCAAUUCGAGAAUUAGAGAGAGGGCUGCUGACGAGGGGGUAGGGGGGAGGGCUCCAGCAGGCGGCAGCGCUUUGCGCAAAACUCAGCCUCACCAGGCCUGGUCUACUCCCAGGGCAGAGUCAUGGCUGAGUAGUGUGG